AUUUAGUCUCUUUAUUAUUACUAAGAAAUCUUUAAAACAAAAGACUGGUGACACAAACUUUUGUUAAGCACAGACAUCGCAUGUACCUACAGUUCAAUAAUACAUAGAUAUAUAUGCCUACAUACUACAUACAUAUGUACACUAGUCCUGAUAACUGAUAGCAUAUACAUACUUACAGCUUAUUAACCAAACACAUUUUCUUUUACUCUAUUAAGAAUUGUCAUCAUGUGGCUAAAAAAUUGAAGAGCUACGGCUUCUGGGCGAGGGUUUAACCGACCGUACAUAAAACAACAAUUCCUAUUGUCAAGUCACAGAAUUUAAUUGUUCAUGUCUUGUCAACAAUGAAAGUUAAAGCGUGCUGUUUGGGAGUGUUCUUCGCUAUGUUGCAUUGGGUUCAAUGUUAUUAUUUUUCAAAUAUUGGAAAUUUUUGCCCGGUCCCCGUAACACAAACAUCUGCUGUGCAUAUGUGCCUCUGAUUGAACAGCGAUUUGCUUGGUCUGCUUGGUGUUAUUCGUCUACAACCCCUAAAGCGGUAGGGAACUCCAUAGACUUUUUGUCCUCGGCAGAUUUUUUUUAAAUACAUGUUACUCAAAUUAGAUCUUUGUUCUCACUAUUCUCUUCUGUCAAAUGUAAUCAUAUGCUGACUUCGGCAACGUUUUCAAAGUCAGCCAUAUUUCCAUACGAUUCCUCUUUUUCUCCUUCCUUUUGUUUUUGAAGCGUUGCGAGUUCUACUUUUUUAUAUAGCGCAUUCAAUUUGAAUUUCAUCCAAUACUUUAUACUCGUACAUAUGCAUGCAUGUAUGUCUGUGAAUAGGGGCAAUAAUUAAAUCAGUUUCGACACAGACGUUGUCGCAAGCGAACACUCUGAAAUAAUGCAAACGGUUGCAAAUGGUUGUUUUGGAUGGUGUUGGUUUAUAUUUAAAUGCGAAACCCCAGUAGAAUUUGAUAACUUUACAUAAAAGAAUUAACACUCACUGGAAAGCUUUUUGUGGUCUCAAACGGUGGCUGGUCUCCGCCUGAAUCUACAUUGUAAAGAAAGUAAGCAGAGUAAUUUGUAUUAACUAUGGUACGUAGCCGCCGAUCCUUUUCAAAGGAGGAUGCCUCGUCUGUGCUAGCAGACAGUGGUAUAUCGCUAUCGUCGCCGCCGGCGAAUCAGAAACACUUUUCGCAUCUCAACGAAGACGAAGAGGAAGCCAUUUUGGAAGAGCUAUGCAUAACGGAUGACGAAGGAGAUUCCGAUGUAAUUCAAGUAGAUCAAAUCGGGAAAGCGGCAAUUAGCGACAACGAAGAAAGCAGCUCGUGCUCUAAGUCCGACUUUGAGCAAUUUAGACGAACGUUGCCGGAAAAACAGAUACAUCAUUCAGACGUAUCGGACGUGACUCCGUCCAAACGUGCGCGAAAAAGUUAUGUGUGCGACGUCUGCCAAAAGGAGUUCCGUGGUAAAUCGGAUCUUAGUAGGCACAAGUUAAUCCACACCGCAGAAAGGCCUUACGAAUGCAGAAUUUGUGGCAAUAAGUACAGGCAGGAGAUUAACCUGAAAAAUCACAUAACAUCGGCACACAAUAAGCAGAAAGAGUUUGCCUGCAAAGAAUGUCCAAAAAAAUUCGCAUUGAAAGAAAGACUUCGUUUGCAUAUGCGAAUUCAUACGGGCGAAAAACCCUACGCGUGCUCGUUAUGUGACAAACGAUUCGCUAGGGGGGGACAGCUGAAUCAGCACAUGAUUAGUCAUCACCAGGACGCACCGAAACAAUAUAGAUGUGAAAAAUGUUCGGCACCCUUUUCAACUCAGGCAAAUUUAAAAGCUCACAUGCAGGGUCAUGAUGAGACGCCUGAUUGUUUCUGUGAAAUAUGCAGAGAGCAUUUCGCCAACGACGUCCUGUUGAGGGCUCACAUCUACAGAAUGCACUACAAGUUAAUGGACUGUGACAUUUGUAAAAAUCCCAUCGAGGAGGAGGAUUUGGAAGCUCACAUGAAAACUCACGCAAAUGUUAAAGCAUUUGUUUGUGAAAACUGCAACUCGAUGUUUUCACAGAAAUCGCAAUAUAAUGUACAUAUGCGUAUGCAUACCGGAGAGAGGCCAUUCCAAUGCAGGAUUUGUUGCCAGACUUUUGCCCAUUCCAGCGUUUUGAAACUACAUAUACGCAAGCAUACGGGGGAAAAGCCAUUCAAUUGUCUGCUGUGCAAAGAUGAUGAAGUGGCUUUUUCGCAGCUUGCUCACCUGAAGACUCACAUGCAAAAAAUACACAAGCAGUCAAAACCUUAUAUGUGUGAGGGUUGCCGUGACUUUUUUAAAAUCAAACUGGAUUUGGAAGCGCAUCAGCGUGACUGUAAAAAAUACACCAGUAGAGAUGAAGAACAAAGCACUAAAGGAGACGAGACCAAUACCUUGUCACACAUCCGUUUUCUAAUGGCCAUUUUGUUGAAGAAAAUAUCUUCAGAACGAAAAUUACAACAGUUAGGUUUUGAAAAACGUCUUAUCGAUAACGUUUUAAUAGCCGCACUGAAAUUAGCCAACCGAAAAGCUUUUGAAGAUUUGAAGUUGACGCAACUGGAAAGAAUGCGUCUGAAUGUCGACGAAUUUCUCAACUGGAUUGUGCCCUCAAAGGUUAUGCAAAAGUUGAAGGAAGAUAACCGAACAGUGGAUGACAUUUUGGAGAAUAUUGUUUCUAAGUACAUGAAACAGAAAUGAAGAGAGAAUUUUUUUUUAAACAAUUUUGAACCUUAAGGUGCCAUAUUGUAAGCCGUAGUUUUUAUUUUGAUUUAUUAUUUUCCUAUGAAUAUAUACUUGCCAUUUUUCGCAUCCUACGAUCUUAGAUUUUAGUUAAAACCAAAAAAAACCAAAAAAAAAAAAAAAAAAAAAAACAAUAUCCAAAGAUUAUAUUUAAGGUUGUCUAAACUGAAUUCCAAAGAUUUUAUUUUGCCCACCAAAAAAAUAUAUUUAUGUAUAAAACAUUAGAAAUGCUUUACAUAUUUUUUUAUGUAUAAAACAUUAGAAAUGUAAUUCUUUCCAAAGAUUUAUUUCAUAUUUUUAACUUAUUUUCGGUAACGAUUUUUUGUUUUACAUACAAACUAUUACUAAAAUGUUUGAUUUUUAAUUACAUUUGCCCUCUCAAAACCACCCUAAACAUAAACAGCAACUGAAUUUUCUUUUUAUAUUCACUUGUAACUUCGUAGAAUAGAAAGCUAGUCAAGCUUUUCUCCACUCUUAAACAUAUGUUGGAGUGAAUGUAUGUAGAUCAUAAGUUAAGAACUAAAAACCAUAUAAAAUUUUACAUAUUUAUCGUCAAACAAACUUUGAAAUAAAACAAUCGUCACUACACUUUUCUAUAUUGAUUGGUGAGUCGAUCAAACAUAUAA